AGCUCUAGAGCACAGGCUCAGUAGUUGUGGCGCACGGGCUUAGUUGCUCCGCGGCAUGUGGGAUCUUCCCAGACCGGGGCUCAAACCUGUGUCCCCUGCAUUGGCAGGUGGAUACUUAACCACUGCGCCACCAGGGAAGUCCAGGGGCCCCCUUCUUUAAGCAUCACAGAAUGGGGACACCCCAGCUAGAAGCGUUGGCCCCAGGCCCUUUUCCUUUCUUACCUUUCCCCUUUCCCACACCUCCUUUGAGUCUUUUCCUGUGAUCAGCUUCUGCUUCCUGGAGCUCUGGCCCCCGCCUGCCCACCUCCUCACCUGCCUUAUGUUUUCCAAACUUCUGGCAUUGGGCCCUCGCGGGUUUCCCUUUAUUUCCCCUUUAUGUAGGUCUUUUUCUUGGAGCAGAGCCCCAUCCUGCCAGGGCAGGGGUUCUUUCAGUCUGCCUGUCACCCUGUGCCUGGAGCAGCACCUGGCAUGCGGGCUCCCACUGGAAGCAAGUGGUCAUCGAUGGGGAGAUGUGCCUGCCAGGCAUCCUGGACACGGUGGGCCGGGAGGAGUACAGCGCCAUGCAGGCCCAGUACAUGCGCACCCGGGAGGGCUUCCUUUGUCUGCCGUCAACGACGCCAAGUCCUUCAAGGACCAGAUCCUUCGAGGACAUCCGCCAGUACAGGGAGCAGAUUGAGUGGUUGAAGGAAUCGGAUGACAUGCCCAGGGUGCUGGUGGGGAACAAGUGUGACCUGGCCACGUGUACCAUGGAGUGUCGACAGGCCCAGGACCUGGCCCGCAGCUGUGGCGUCCCCUACAUGGAGACUUCGGCCAAGAAGUGCCAGGGCGUGGAGGAUGCCUUCUACCACCUGGUGCGCAAGAGCCGGCAGCACAAGGCGAGCAAGCUGAGCCCGCCCCCCCGACAGGGGGCGGCCUGGGUUGCCUGAGCUGCAGGUGCCUGCUCUCCUGACUGAGGCACAGGCGACAGGCGAGGAAGAGGCACAAGCAGGGAAGAUGCAGGGAAGGAAGGAAGUGCCGCCACUGGAGCCCGGCCAGCCCAGAUGUACGUGGUCCAUCCAUACAAUGGGAUACUAUUCAGCCUUAAAAAGGAAGGACACUCUGACACCUGCUACACUAUGGAUGAAACCUGAAGAUAUGCUGAGUGAAAGAAAAUGGUCACAAAAGGAAAACUAUGGUUCCCCAACCAGGGAUCGAACCCACCCCCUCAGCAGUGAAAGUGCAGAGUACUAACCACUGGACCGCCAGGGAAUUCCUGAUACCCUCUUUUUAAAAGAAAAUUUAUUGAAGUAUAGUUGAUUUACAGUUGA